AUGCCGGGACUCGGUGCAGGCCCGGCUGGCGACGACCACCAACAAGCCUCGGCAACCGGGGUCAACAAGCAAGAACAAAAGAAUACCGUAGCCGUGUCACGACCCGGCAGCGUCCAAGAGCCGCCGGAGCUCGACGACUUCGGCUUGCCCAUCCGGAAGUACCAUGCCCCUAUGAUUGUCACAACAACAACAACAACAACAACAACAACAACCACAACAACACCACAACCACACCCGAUCCCGAAAGCGACGACCUCAGUCAAGGAUGCGACGUCCACAGACGACGACGCCCAAGAUGUCGGGAAGACGACGGCGACAGAACGAAAUAUGACAUUAAGCAGCAACCACGAUGACCAGAAAUCCGAUAAGCCCGGUCCGGGCCGCGAGAACAGAAACAGCGAUGCGCAGGCGCCGCAACUCUCUUCAGGUGCUCGACACGAACAUUGUAAACAACAAGGCGAAUCCUCGACAGCCCUACCGGCCUCCCGGAAUCCGAGUAUAUCCAACACUCCGAAAGCUCUGGAGAUGCCGUCCGAGCCUCCGUCAAAAGAGGCCAAGUCACCAGGCACCCAAGAACAUACAGUCACGUCGGAGGCGAAGCCGGUAGCAGUGAAGGAGCCCCCCAAGUACCAAGAUAUGGCCAUAGCCGAAGUCAGGAAAGAUCAAGAGCUUUCUCCGGGCCAUAAGCGCGAAAAUAGCACUGUCGCCAUGGGAGGCGCCGGGGCUCUUGGCGUAGCCGGCACGUCUGGCUUUUCCCAUCAACAGCUAACACUGAGCCAGCCCUCGGAGGAGAAGAAGAAAGACGAGGAUGACGAAUGGCAGGAAAUGCCGGCAUAUGCGCCGUAUGACAUUUAUGAUGACGACAACAAGCUGAUCGCGCGGGAACACGACGAGUCAGAGGAAGAGAAGGUCCAGUACGCGGGACUAGGUGGCGCAGGCAAGGGAUAUACUAGGGUCCUCCUCGACGACGACGCCGAGUCCCAGACCAGCAUGGACGAGAACACCCAGUACCUCUUCAAAGACCCAGGAGGAGGCACAGGCGUGGCAGAGGAAGACGAUGUACAGCGUGAUGCCGUCAGUCAACUACAAGCCACCAAGGAGUUACUCACGGAGGGCCAAAGGAUUGCCUAUGUCGGCUUGACGAGGCUGGAACUGUCGGUCAUGGUGAGGGAGGUUGACAAUCUUCAGCAGGGGAGGAGCAAGCCACAGAAGGAAGUCACAUUCGCCGCCGAAAGCAUGAAGAUGUGGAGUCAGAAGAUGAUGAUGCGCUUGUACUCGCACAUGGACAUCAGCCCGGCCGAGCAGAUCAUGAUCGAGCAGCUUGCUGCGCAUGGCGUCAUGCCCCAAGACCUGACUCCGGUGCUAAUGGCAAACGCGAGGGUCAGGAACCCCAUGGCUGACGAAGCGAACAAAAGAGAUUCGACGUCGUCUGCUUCGAAAUCUUCACGUCCCAACUCGACACCCCCAUCCCCAGACUCGGAGUCACCUGCCGAACCUCCGCCGCCGUACUCAAUUGAUGACAAGUCAGAACUGGAUGAGUCGGUCAGGAUGCCCUCGCAGAUGCCGACCUCGCAAAAGAUCGACAUCGAUCUGAGGUGGACGGUACUCUGCGACUUGUUCCUCGUCCUCGUUGCGGAUUCUAUCUACGACGCCAGGUCAAGAACCCUACUCGAGAGAGUCGCCAAGGAUCUUGAGAUUCCCUGGGUUGACAUCUGCCGGUUUGAGAAGAAAGUGACAGAUGCCCUGGAAAUGCAGCAGGCCGUUGAGAAGGAGAAUUGGAACGAGGAAGAGCACAAAGAGAACCGGCGCAAGAUGGCCCUCAAGAAACGUUACAUCAUGAUGGGCCUAGCAACUGUUGGCGGCGGCUUGGUUAUCGGCUUGUCUGCCGGCCUGCUUGCUCCGGUGAUUGGUGCUGGCCUGGCUGCAGGCUUCACGACGAUUGGUGUUGGCGGUACAACCGGCUUUUUAGCUGGCGCCGGAGGUGCUGCCAUUAUCACAUCCUCGGCCGCGGCAUCUGGUAGCAUCAUUGGCGUCCGUGCGGCCAACAGGCGAACGGGCGCCGUAAAGACAUUCGAGUAUAGACCGCUACACAACAAUAAGAGGGCCCUCACGCAAGGUCUUCAACAGCUUCUAGGCAGUACCAUCCUGAUGAGCUUAAUGUCUGCUAUCCAGCUACCGGUCGUGCUUACCAAGCUCUCAUAUCUCAUCGACAACCCCUGGGCUGUCUCUCUCGACCGUGCCACUGCAGCUGGCCUCAUUCUCGCAGAUUCGCUUAUUGACCGUAACCUGGGAACCCGCCCCGUCACCCUUGUGGGAUAUUCCCUGGGUAGUCGCGUGAUCUAUUCCUGCCUCCAGGAACUCGCCAGGAAGGGCGCUUUUGGCCUCGUCCAGAACGUCUAUCUGUUUGGCAGUCCCAUCGUUGUGAAGACGGAUGAAUAUCUCCGCGCGUGCGCCGUGGUUUCUGGACGCUUCGUCAACGGAUACAACCGCAAUGACUGGAUCUUGGGAUACCUUUUCCGCUUGACCAACGGCGGUAUCAGGCGCAUUGGGGGUCUUGCCCCCAUCGAGGGGAUUGCCGGGAUAGAAAACUUUGACGUUACCGAGUUCGUGGUGGGUCACAUGGAUUACCGUACGGCGAUGCCACGGCUCCUUCGUGAAUGCGGUUGGAUGGUCGAGAACGACGAGUUUGACGAAAUCGAGGAGCCAGAUCCAGAGAAUCAUCAGGAAAGACAACGCGAACUCAUUAAUGAAAUCGAGGAGGUAAGAAAGGAGCUCGAAAGAGAGGGGAGGGAAAGGUCGGGGAGCAAGAGCGGUGGUGCAUUCAGCUUCUUCAAGAAGAAGAAGCCAAAGAGGCAGGAAUGGGAAGUUUACGAAGACUCGGCCAAAGCGGGUGGCGGCGCCUCCGGGAGCGGUGGAAAGACGGAGGACAAGGACGGUAAUAACCAUGGCGUACUCUUCGAUGUCGACGCCAUCCGCGCCGAGCUGGCCAAGGAAGCCAAGGAACAACAAAAGAAGAGGGCUGUCUCACAGAACGGCAGCGGGGGUAUUAAUGAGGAUGCCCUUCAGGUCAAAGAAAUCAAGAGUACGCUGCCGCCCAUGCAGCUGAAGGUGCCGCCUCCUCUCGGCCCGCCGGCGCCUGUAAUAAAAGGCUCGCGAGACCACCUGAGAGAGACUAGGAGCGCCAGCCUCGGAGCAGUUCCUCCCUAUCGCGGAUUCUCGAGCGUCGAGUACAACAACAGGCACCAGUCCACCGUUUCGUUAUCGAACGAUCGCAAAGAGGAGAACGUCUGGAACUCACCACCACUGCCACCAUCAACAACAAGCUCCUCUCGUCGAUACGAUUACAGUGCCGUCCAUGCAAAGAGUGGGUUUGGGGCAGAUGAAUAUGGCUACAAUGGUGGUGGUCGCCAGCACGACGAUGACGGCGAGAUUCAAAUGACGUUUGACACGGCGUUUGAAGCGUCUCCUCCUCCUCCUCCUCUUUCUAAGCCAAGUACUUCUUCAUACGGAAAGUUAAGCUCAUCGAGCUAUGGGAAUUCUUCCGCUUCCGCCUCAACCCCGGCGAGACCGGAGAUCAAGUCGGUGCAGACGGUACCGGUUCUUCCGGCAGCUAAUAACCCGUGGGCUGACUUUGAUGAUGACGACGACUUUGGAAAGGAGAAGGAGAUCUCGAUGACGUUCGCUUAG